AUUAUUGCUGCGAAAGCGAAAGACAGAGCGCGGCGAAAAAAUUACAUAACCUAUCUUUUUGAGUGUACGUACAGGUGGAUAUAUAGAUUCCAGCAGCGGAAAAAUGAAGAAAUUUGUAAUUAAGAAUUUAGAGAAAAAGCCCCUUAAUGAAGUAAAACUUGUGUGGGAAGGAAAUCCAAUUUCAGCUAUAAGUGAACAAUUUGCUGAAAAAAGGUAUCGAGCCAAAUACACUGCACUACCAAUGGAAGGAUUGGAAGUAACGUGUGAUUUGUCCUCAAUUAAUGAGUGGCUUCGGAACACCCAAUUAUUUGAGAAUGAAAUUGACAGUUUCCUGAGACUGAAUUUUCACAGAUUCUGGGCAACAAUGGUCUUCGACACUGAAUCUAUUGAUUGCAUCACAAGUUUCUUACAAGAGUCCACUCCUUGCUAUUUGUCAAUAGUUGCAAUCACUAAUAAUCAGGAAAUUGUUGCGACUUAUGAGAGAAUAAUGCAGAAAGUGCUUGCAGUUAUUUGUCGCAUGAUAACAAACAAGGAGUCUGAUACUGAGUGGAUAUCGAGGGAAUAUUUGGCAAAAAUAAUUUACUCUAAGUAUCUAAUUUCAGUUCCUAUGAUUUUUGACUUAUUGACGAUAUAUGGACGGACAAAUGCCUGCAUUUUGAAGAAAAUUAUCGAUAUAAUAUUGAAGAUUGAGCCAAAAUAUUUGAGUGAUCUGGAGCUGGCUCUGAAAUUCAUUCAGAAGUCAUUCUCAACUGUUCAGGAGCAAUUAGAGAAGAAUAGUACUUCAGACAAUGUGCAAUUACUCUAUGACUUGUGUCUUCACACGUUGGAUUGUACGACUAUACUUAGCAUAUUAAUGGACGUCUGUACAGAAUCUCGUGAUAUCUGCGCGUCUAUUAACAUGGAUCAGACAAUUACAAGCAUUUAUGAUUGUUUUAUCCCGAGUCUGUACAAAUACAUAUUCAUAUAUGACGAAAUGUCAUCAUAUCUGGAUUUAGUCAACAGAAUACGAGUGGAAUUGCUCUCAAGUUUUCGAUGUAUAAUCAAUUCUUAUAUUGAGAAAGUUUUGGAGAAAAAUCAUCAGUCCCUCAAGUCUACGACGAAUUUAGAUAGUGUUGAAGCGCUUUUGUCAAUUUUCACGUUGUGCCUAUCGGACAAUAUCUUCGUAAUUGAUUAUCAAAAGCUCUACCCAGUUGAGAAUGACAUUGAAAUUCUCCGACAGGCUUGUCCUAAAAUGGACACCUUCAAAGCAGAUUUCAUUAUUCAAGCAUUCCUAUCUGGGGAUGAGAAUAAUUUUGUAAAGCUUCCGAAGCAAUCAAAACCGGCAAAUCAUGUAAAUGGAUGCAAUGUUUUUGAAGAAGAAGGAGCAUGUGCUCUUUCGCUCGAUACAGAUAAUUCAACCGUAUUAUCCACUGAUAUCGAGAAGCAAAUACGAAUAGUUCAAGACAUUCUCCCGGAUUUAGGAGAUGGUUUCGUGAAGAAACUUCUACAUCGUUAUGAUAACACCGAGUUGGCAAUUGCAGCCGUACUUGAGGGAAAUCUUCCACCUGAUUUAGACGCAUGCGAUAAGAAUGAGGUAUACAUACCACCAGAUUAUCAAGAGAAUUUGCUUAUGGAAACUGGUAUACGACGAAUCAACGUUUAUGAUGGUGAUGAUUAUGAUGUCAGAAUAAAUGAGAAACCAAGAGGGAUUAUAAAGACAGGAAAGGGAUUCCCAGGGCAGCCGAAAACAGCGAAAGAUUUGCUGGAUGAUAAGAGUUAUGUAAAAGAGCUUAAGAGUCGAUAUGAGAAGUACUCUUUUGUGAUGGAGAAUUGUGACUAUGAUGACGAAUACGAUGAUAGUUACGAUGCCAUUACAGAAAGUGAAUCUAAGAAAACAGCUAAGAAGCCACAGUCAAUGAGGGAUGUUUUGGUGGAUGAAGUUGAAGAUGACGAGGAAAGUGAGGAUGGUGAUAAUGAUAUUCAGGAAAAUCAAAACAAGAAUAAUCCACUAAAUUUUUGUGAGAAUCCUGAAGAUGUACGUGCAAGAUAUGAACGGAAAAGGCAACAGAAAUUUGGUGGUCCCAAGAAACACAGUGAGAGAGAUGUAGUUGGAAAAGCUAAAGGACAGGGUCAAACUGGUGCUGUCCUUAUGAAUAGACACAAAAAAGAAGUCAAUAAAUCAUCAAGAGCUAACCACAAUCGUAAACAAGGAUCAUCAUGGAAAAAGAGUCGUGGAAUGAUUCCAUCUUAAAACAUAUUUUAGUUACGUCAAAAUAAUUACCAAAGUUACAUAGGAGGAGAUACGAGAUACAGUAAUAAUAUUAAUAUAGUGAAUUUCCUCUGGAUCAAUCAACUUUUCCAGAAACGCGGCUGAUUUUCUGCAAAAAAUAG